CGCUCAAAUUCGCCAUCGGCUCAACAUUCAAUUCUGCAAUUCAAUUUAUCGUAAUCCAAGAUUGAAAUCUUCAAGUUUAUUGUUAUUUGAAAUGUAUUAUCAGAUUGCUUAUCCAGUCUGUGUUUGGACAAUUCUUGAUAGAUUGUAAAUUAUCACAAUAAAUGGAGCAUUGCCUAUAACUUGCUGUAUAGAUUUGAUGAUUAUAGUUUUGUAUGAAACAUUUACAAUACCACGAAAGUGCUGUUUGAACAUCUUUUCAUUCACGAUUCAAUCUUCUCUUGAUAAUUAUUUGGUAAUCUGUUUGUAGAAAGGAUCAUCAGCUUCAGAAAUGAUUGAAUCAAUUCUUACACCAAGACAACAAAUAUUCCUGUUCAUAAUAUUUGUAAUCAAUUUUGACAUAUUUCAUGCUAUGCCAUAUUCAGAUAUAUCCCACUUAACAAUUCGAAAACGGCAAGUUCAAGAAGGAGAUUCUGACAAUUUGAGCAGCAACACAAUGAGAUACUCAAACAUCUUGGAAGAAGGUGUAACUAGGCAUAAAAGACAAGGUGCAACAGUUAAUCAAGUAAUUGAUAUACUACCCAUAGAACUUCAUUUUCCUGGCUAUCAUUACUGUGGACCUGGUACAAACCUAGAGGACAGACUGGCUAGAGGUGAUCCAGGCAUCAACAAGCUUGAUAAAGCUUGCAAGGAGCAUGACAUUGCAUAUUUGAGGAGUAGUGAUACAGCAAGCAGAGCAGUAGCAGACAGAAUUCUGGCACAGCAAUCUUGGAGGAUAGCAACUUCUUCAGAUGCAGGAUUGUCAGAGAGGAUAUCAGCAUUGAAAGUAGCCAGCAUCAUGAAGGCAAAGGCAGAGUUUGGAGGAGAAAGGAAAGGUCCAGGAAUAAAUUGGGGUUUGAGUAGCAGCCUUGAGUUAAUUAGAUAAGUUGGUGGUUGAGAAGGAGGUGAGGGUAGUUAAAGACAUGGUAUUUAGAUGAAAACGGUAGGGGUCAUGGAAUGUGUGUGCAGUGGCCAGCCAGCAAGAUUGUGCCAUAGCCACCAACCAAGGUUUACCUAUCAGCAAUUCAUGAAAUUAUUGUAUUUGUUGAAAACAGAUGAUUGGAUAUAAAAUGAUAUCAGCUGCACUGGAGAUUUAGCACAAACAUGUGUGUGACACCUACUAUCUUCUUCUAUAUAAUGUGGUUAAUGAAACCCAUGACUAGUCUUGAAUUUUGAGAGAAAUUCCAUCUCAAUAAACCUUGCCUUGACAUCUGUUUGCAGAAUGUCAUGGGAGUGAUGAAUGUGGUCGUGAUCAAUGGUGCUAUAAUAACAUGUGUGACUAUCCAUGCCCAAAAGUGACAUGUGGAGAGGAAGAAGCAUGUAUUGUACAGGACCAUUCACCUGUAUGUCUACACCACACCCGUGUCAAUCAGAUAAGAGUUGAUGAGUAUCUCAUGGGACAAACACAAGAUUAGAUAUUUGAAUCAGUAGAUAAUUGAUUGCAGAAUAACUCAUUAAGAAUGUUUGUAACAUUCAUGUAUUAUUAAAGAUGUUUCAAAAUUUUUAAAUCAAUAUACCCCAGAUGACUCAUGCAGAAAGAUGAUGGAAACAUCCUUCCUCAGGUUAUCAAAUGUUGCAAUGCUCUUGGUCUGUAUACAUCAUAUGAUGGCUGAUGUCUUAAUUCUGAUGUUUUUGAAUUGCUCUAUAAGUGAUUUUCAAACAACUGCAUGCCUAUAUUUUAUAUUAUGCAUGCAUCAAUUCUUUUUUUUCAUAGACAAUACUGAAAGGGAACCUAGAUUUGAUUACAUUAUUCCAAGGACCUUUCUUUCUAUAGACCUUGCAUGGUUUAUUCAUAGGUAGAAAUUAGUUUUAGAAAUGGGACAGGGCCACAUUAGCUGUAGCCUACUCUGGGUAUAGGUAAUAAAGGUUCAUCCUGCAGCUAUCUAUUAUCAUACUCUUUUUUCCCUUAUUUUGAUUCAUUUUAGUGGCCUCUCCUCUUUGCUGGAAGGCAUUAUUUCCAUCAACAAAAUACAUAAAUAGAACAUUAACAUUACAAAUAAAUGCAUAAUAUACAGGAAAUAAAUAUUUCCCCACAUAGGCUAUUUGUCUGUGUGUGGGGAAAGAAUUCUUAUAUAUAAUAAGAAUACAAUAUGAAUUAUUGCAAGCAGCAAUGUAUGAAGUGACUGAAACAUUACUUCUGUUUAGGAAUCUAGAAUAAAAGAUACUGUACAGAAAACUGGCUUAUCCUGUGACAUCAUUGGAACUCAAAUAGUUUCUAUUCUCCCCAUCUUUUCAAAGUUUAAUUAUUAGGCAACUUUUAAAGUCUAGAGGAAACUAGUAAUCUUCAGAGAAUUAAGCUAUUCUAUUUCAUAAUAACAAAGCAUAAUAAUUUCACAAUGAUGAGAAUAAUGUUGAGUGUUUUCAUAUUCUAGAAUAUGGACUCAAGGAAGUAGGAUUGAGUGAGUAAUAAGAUUCAAAUUGUUCCUUGGAGAAACUUUUAAAGAAGAUUCUCAGUCAUGAAGAAAGCUUGCAACUGCAGGAUCCAAGUUUUUUCAAGUGACUGAAUAAUCUCUAGCUUUAUUAAAUUUGUUCCAUGUAAUGGAUCAUUUGAUUUAAUUUAGGCUGUAGUUGAAUUUAUUAUUUAAAGAGAGAUUUCAUUGAGUAUUUUGAAUGAAGAAAAGGUGAAAGACAGACUAAUGGUCUCUCAAGUUUUCAAGCAAGAACAGUAUCACAAGAUGGAGUUUUGUGGGAAUUGAUCAAGUAUUGGAUUCCUGAAAUCAUUUAGAAGAUCAAUAAUUGAAGGUUAGACCACAUGAAAAUCAAAUAAAACUUUGGAAAUAGUAAGGGUUGUAAUAUUAUGAUAUUAUGUGUGUAGCAGGUUGCCUAACUAGCCCCUUCUGCAUAAUUAGUUCUCAAUAAUAUUACUUUUAGCAUAAAGUAAGGAAAUAUAGAGAGGAGAAGCAUAGUUCCACCUUGCAAUCAGUCUUGCUUUCAAUCAAUUCCACAACCAACAUAUAAAUAUAAUUAUGUGCUUGAUACAUAGCUUUAUAAUCUACAGUGUUGCCAUAUUGAUUCAUCACAGUCUAAACAUGAAUGGCUUGUUGUUCUCACCCACUAUUCAUAAUCAUGCUCCUUCACUUUGACAGUUUUCAAAUGAAGUUGGACAGUGUCCAAUAAUUGAAGGAGCAUAAUUAUUACAAAUUGACAGUCACUCUCUCACAGGUCAUACACACUCAGUAGGAGUAAUAUAGGAGUAUGGACUAUA